AUGGCAGACAUGAAUGAGCCAGGCGUCACGCGCCAGUUUCUCUCGUGGGUUAGUAGCCUCACAGCCCACGAUAUUCCUGAAAAGAUUCAAAAGCGUGUCAAAUACCUGACCCUCGACGAACUGGGUUGCGCGAUGGUGGCCGCCCAUCUGCCCUGGACUGAGAAGGCGACGGGCAUUAUUCUGGACAUGGAGGCUGAGGGGAGUUGUCCGAGAGUCGGCCCGCUACCGGCAGCUUUGCUCAACAGCAUGCAAAUUCAAGGUUUUGAGAUCGACGACUGGCAUUCGCUCGCCCCCGUCCAUUCGAAUGCCAUUGUCCUCCCAGCGCUGUUUGCCGGCGCGGCGAAUGCAAAGGCCAAAGGGACAGUGACAUUGGGAGACUCACUCCUCCUGUCAGCAAUUCCAUAUGCUCUCACGGGGCUUGCACUCGGGCGUCGUAUUCGGCCACGCACAGGCUGUGGCGGCUGUGGGAAAAUUGAUCAACCUCUCCGCACAUCGAAUCUAGGAUGCGAUUGGGAUAGUCUGCACACAGGCCUGUGGUCUUAUGUCUGCCCAGUUCAGCAGCGAUAUAAAGCUCAUGCAGCACGGAUUCGCGGCACGAAAUGGUCUCUUUGCGGCUCUGCUCGCAGCGGGGGGUUACCCGGGAUCAAGAACGAAUAUCCCGACAAGAUGAAGGAUCUGUCUAAGAUCAAAAAGAUUACGUUUGAAAUGUCCGAGUCAGCAUACAAACAUGGUGGCUGGCCCGCUCAACGUCCACUGACGGUGACUGGGGCGCAGAUGAGCUGCGCGUAUGCAGCCCCUGUGCAGCUCAUCGACGGUCAGGCGGAGGAGACUGGGAAUGCCAUGUCCCAACGAGCCAGGGUCAAAUUUAAUGAUGGAACCGAAGUCUCGAAAUUCGUCGCCGCAGCAAAGGGCUUCGAUCUACCUCUUUCGAAUCGGGAAAUCGUCGACAAGUUUCGCACAUUCACCAAGGGGCUGAUUCCGGAGGAGAUGCAAAGGAAGAUUGAGGAAACCGUGCUGGGUCUGGAGGGAAUAGAGGAUAUAUCCGAGUUGGAGGAUCUGCUGGCGGGCCUAAUUUCGUCUCCCUUUAUGGGCGUCUCUAAACGGAGUUCCCUUUACGGUGGCUAG